UAUCUUUAAACGCCGGUUAGGAUUAAUUCUAAAGAAACAGUAUGCUUAUUAGACGCAACAUUAUCGUGAUGGUAUCUCGUUACUUGAAUUUCUCUUAGCAUUAACAUUAUAAUAAACAAGAACCUGAUUAGGCACUUAUACACAUAUAGGUACUAUAGUGCAUAAGGCGAGCAGGAGAAAGCACCAAACAAGUUUUGUACUCCUACACAAUUAUACCUAACCACAUACUCUACGUAAAAUAAAUGUCAAUACAAAACUUCUUUAUUAGUACAAACAGACAAUUAGGGGCUCGCGGGCCGCUUUCUCGAUGCAUCUCACUGAUGCAUGUCGUUAUAAUACUGCGUUAUGCUUUAUUUAAAUUUCACCUUCUAUUGUGAGCGAGGUGAAACGGGCGGAGAUCUGAGGAAAGGACCAGUGUACUGCCGGCGCUGGCGACGAUCGGCUCCUCCAAGCUCACGAACGAGCUUAUAUUAAUACUCCUUUAUAAAACGCGGUAUAAAAUUGAACGUUUCUUCGUCGUGUGCACCCGUGACUGUGAUUGACAUGUCGGUCAAACUCACGCUUUCUUUGCUGAUCGCGGCUGUCGCGGUAGCCCACUGUGCAAACAUUUUAGAUUUCCUAAAUUUAGAAGAUGCUAAGAAGCUGAUAGAGCCAGCGGCUGAACUCCGUAACGACCCGUCUUGCAAGUGGAAGUGCAAGGGCCCAGCCUGUGCUUGCUGCAUUGAACAAAAUAUCACUUCAUAUGAACCUGAAGGAGCAAAAUGUGUUCACCUGCGAUAUCUAUCAAAAGAGGAGGGACUCUUCGUGCAAAUCUCACAUGGGAAGAAAAUUGACUACGCGAAAGUCCAAGCAUCGAACCCAGAGCCGCUGUGUCUCGUCAUGGGCGUUCUGUUCCAAAUGUGCGCAUCCUUCACUCACAUGGCACCAACCAAUGAUGGAGUGAGAGGAUGCGUGAAUCUGGAGCCUGGCACUAUCUUCCUGUCCCAAAGGAAGGUACCACUUGGCUGCUUCAGAGCAAGAGAAGAAGGAAUGGAAAUGAUGGAGCCACCAAAAGAUGCAGUCCCAGAAGAAGAAGAAGAAGACAACACAGAAGAGAAUACAGAAGAAACAGACGUCGACUUUGAUCCAAACAAGUUCUUUGCUGGAGUGUACCAAACAGCACAGCAGAGCCUCGCGCUACUGACCAGCCUUCUAGAGACUCCAAACAAGAAUAGUACUAAACCAGCAACAUCAACUGAAGCAAGUACAUCAACACCCCAAGAAAAUCCUCAGACCUCGCAAAGAAGAGUACCCAAAAACCUGAAACAUCCUAAUCAAUUGUGAUAAUUUUAUUCCUGUUCCAUUCUAGAUACAAAAAAGCAUUUAUGUUCGUUUGUAGACUUAAGUUACGCUUUAUUGAGUACACGUAUCCUAUUUAUUGCUCUAAACAUUUUGUUGAAUGACUGGUAGUUAGUAAUAAAUGAUUUAGAGUGUU